AUGAUCGAUACCCAUUGCCAUCUGGUGGAUAACAAAUUCAAAUCAGACAUUGGUGAAGUUAUAGACCGUGCGAAGGAGAAUGGCGUCAAACAUGCUGUUGUAUGCACCGAGUAUGCGAGUCAGUUCGAUUCAGUAUUGGAUCUUCAUACGAAGUAUCCCGAAUUUGUCAUCCCUGCUAUAGGAAUCCAUCCUAUACAGAAAAAGAAUAAAUCCGUGAGGAUUACCGACGUGGAGGGUAUGGAAACUUUCCUAGGCGAGUACCGUGAUGUCAUCAAAUGCAUAGGAGAAAUUGGUUUGGAUUACACACAAUACUACAAAAUAACAGCUGAGAACAUCGUUGUGCAGAAAGAAGUUCUUGCUAAGCAGAUAGAAUGGGCAAAGCGAUUCCAUCUACCCAUGACCGUCCAUUCUCGAGCAGCUUGUGGAGACACUGUUGAUUUUCUCAUUGAAAAUAGCGCCGAAAGGGUCGCUCUGCAUGCCUUCAAUGGGUCAUUGGAAGAGGCUAUGCGUGGCAUAGAAGCCGGAUUCUUCUUCUCCAUUCCUCCAUCGUUCACUACUGGUGAUCAUAAGCGUUUCUUAAUCGAAGCGGUUCCCAUGGAUAAGUUGUUGCUUGAAACCGACUCACCAGUGCUGGGCCCUGUCAGAGGAGAAAGAAAUGAGCCCGCAAAUGCUAGGCUAUCCGCUACUUUUAUUGCUGAGGUACGUUUACUAAGCAGGAAGGAUAUGUGUUUACAAAUAGAAUUUUGUUAUCAAUAG